AUGUCAACGCUGGCGUCUCUGCAGAUGCUGCUCAACUCUCUGAACUCCACUGCUCCCAGCAACAGGACCGACGAGCCGGCCAACAGGAGCAGUGCCUGGUGCCCAGGCAUCUUCAUUCCCAACGAGCUCUUCCUGACGCUGGGCCUCGUCAGCCUGGUGGAGAACGUGCUGGUGGUCACAGCCAUCAUUAAGAACAGGAACCUGCACUCACCCAUGUACUACUUCAUCUGCUGCCUGGCUGUGUCCGACAUGCUGGUGAGCGUCAGCAACCUGAUGGAGACCUUGUUCAUGCUACUGAUGGAGCAUGGCAUGCUGGUCCUCCAGACCAGCAUCAUUCGCCAGAUGGACAACGUCAUUGACAUGAUGAUCUGCAGCUCCGUGGUGUCGUCGCUCUCCUUCUUGGGGGCCAUCGCCGUGGACCGGUACAUCACCAUCUUCUAUGCCCUGCGCUAUCACAGCAUUAUGACCAUGCAGUGGGCGGUGAUCAUCAUUGUGGGCAUCUGGGUCACCAGCAUCAUCUCCAGUAGCAUCUUCAUCGCCUACUACAAGAACAACGCCGUCAUCCUCUGCCUUAUUGGCUUCUUCCUCUCUAUGCUCAUCCUCAUGGUGGGGCUCUACAUCCACAUGUUCUCCUUGGCUCGCCACCAUGCCAAGAACAUCUCCAGCCUGCAGAAGAAACGCACCAUCCACCAGAUGACCAGCAUGAAGGGGGCGGUCACCCUCACCAUCCUGCUGGGGGUCUUCUUCAUGUGCUGGAGCCCCUUCUUCCUGCACCUGACGCUGAUCAUCACGUGCCCCAAGAACCCCUUCUGCACCUGCUUCUUCAACUACUUCAAUCUCUUCCUCAUCCUCAUCAUCUGUAACUCAGUGAUAGACCCACUCAUUUAUGCUUUCCGGAGCCAGGAGCUCAGGAAAACCCUGAAGGACAUGGUGCUGUGUUCCUGGGAUGUUGCAGCAUUUGUAGCGGCGCCCGCUGAUUGGUGGCCGGGCCGGGGUGACGUCAGCGGCCGGCCGGGUGCAGCGGCGGGCGCCUAUAAAAGGCUCCGGCAGGCGCCCGGCCGCUUUCCGCAGCCCCCGCCCGCUCCGCUCCUGCGCCCCCCGAGCCGCCUGCACCAGCCACAGCCGCCGCCCCGGGCCAGCAUGAGGGAGAUCGUGCACAUCCAGGCGGGCCAGUGCGGCAACCAGAUCGGAGCCAAGUUCUGGGAGGUGAUCAGCGAUGAACACGGGAUAGACCCCAGCGGGAACUACGUGGGAGACUCUGACCUGCAGCUGGAGCGGAUCAGUGUCUACUACAAUGAGGCUUCCUCUCACAAGUAUGUACCCCGUGCAAUCCUGGUGGACCUGGAGCCUGGGACCAUGGACAGCGUUCGAUCAGGGGCAUUUGGACAUCUCUUUAGACCUGACAACUUCAUCUUUGGUCAGAGUGGCGCUGGCAACAACUGGGCAAAGGGGCACUACACAGAGGGUGCUGAGCUGGUGGACUCUGUCCUGGAUGUGGUGAGGAAGGAGUGUGAGAACUGUGACUGUCUGCAGGGCUUUCAGCUCACCCACUCCCUGGGUGGUGGCACUGGUUCAGGCAUGGGUACCCUCCUCAUCAGCAAGGUCCGUGAAGAGUACCCUGACCGGAUCAUGAACACUUUCAGUGUGGUGCCUUCCCCCAAGGUGUCUGACACAGUGGUGGAGCCCUACAACGCCACCUUAUCCAUCCACCAGCUAGUGGAGAACACGGACGAGACCUACUGCAUCGACAACGAGGCCCUGUAUGACAUCUGCUUCCGAACCCUUAAACUGGCCACGCCCACCUACGGUGACCUCAACCACCUAGUCUCUGCCACCAUGAGCGGCGUCACCACCUCCCUGAGAUUCCCUGGCCAGCUCAAUGCUGACCUGAGGAAGCUGGCAGUCAACAUGGUGCCUUUUCCUCGCCUCCACUUCUUCAUGCCAGGCUUUGCCCCCCUCACAGCCCGUGGCAGCCAGCAGUACCGAGCCCUAACAGUCCCCGAGCUAACCCAACAGAUGUUUGAUGCCAAGAACAUGAUGGCCGCCUGUGACCCACGUCAUGGACGCUACCUGACGGUGGCCACAGUCUUCAGAGGCCGCAUGUCCAUGAAGGAGGUGGAUGAGCAGAUGCUCGCCAUCCAGAGCAAGAACAGCAGCUACUUCGUAGAGUGGAUCCCCAACAACGUCAAGGUGGCAGUCUGCGACAUCCCACCCCGGGGGCUGAAGAUGUCUUCCACUUUCAUUGGGAACAGCACAGCCAUCCAGGAGCUCUUCAAGCGCAUCUCGGAGCAGUUCACUGCCAUGUUCCGACGCAAAGCCUUCUUGCACUGGUACACGGGCGAGGGCAUGGACGAGAUGGAGUUCACAGAGGCAGAGAGCAACAUGAAUGACCUGGUGUCAGAGUACCAGCAGUACCAGGAUGCCACAGCUGAAGAGGAAGGGGAGAUGUAUGAAGAUGACGAGGAGGAAUCUGAGGCCCAGGUUGCCAAGUGAAGCCUCUAGAGUUGGCCUGCAUCAAGUUUCUUACCAUGAAGGUCAAGCUUCUACAGCACCCUACUGUCCAGCGUAGUCCUCCGUCUUCGCUACCUGUUAGCUGAGUACUAGACAACCGCUAUUUAGUUGCUUCUGAUUAAAGAUUCCACAUUUUAAAUCAUUCCAUAUUUACUAACCAUCUCCCCUCCCCAUCCUUGAGUUAGCACAGCUGUAGCCUGUCCUCAUGACUCUGAUCAUGUUGAUGACCCUGAUGUUUAAUUUUUUUUACUGGUUUGUGUCAAUUUUUUAAAAAUUUUUUUGGAAUACUUAAUAAAUGUA